GCUUCUUUCAUCAGCAGCAACAGUUAGUCAGACACCUCCGUAGCUUGAUAGACAACAGAGACGCAGCAAUAAAGCUCUUUAGACGCUUUAGUGUAUAUUAGCCACUGUGUUUUAAACACGCGGAUCUCGUCUAGUUAGUUAUCCGAUUUCAUAUUUACGGUGUUGUUAUUAGUCAUCUAGCGGGCUGGUUAAGUUAGCAUUAGCCUAGCUAUCUAACAUCCCCGACCAUGAGUUCACUGAGCUGCUCUCCUCCUGAUAAAGAAGAGGAGGUCUGCUGGACGGAGAAAGAAGCUCUGGUCAAAGAGGAGGAGGAUGUUACAAUACAAAAACAAGUAGAGGGUGAGGCUGUUACCGUGAAAGAAGAAGAGAAAGAUGUUUCAGUGAAAGAAGAGGAAGAUGUGUUCAAAGUGAAAGAAGAGGAAGAUGUGUUCAAAGUGAAAGAGGAGGAUGUUACCGUAAAAGAAGAGGGGGAUGCAGUUUUUGGAGUGAAAGAGGAAGAGGAGGAGAUGACUGUCACAUCUAAAAUGGAGGAGGAAGAAGAAGAGGAAGAAGAAGAGGAGGAAACUGGAUAUCUUGGCCCGGUUUCCCAAACGCAUCUUAAGGCAUCCAAUGGUUCUAACGGUGAACUUAGCCGUAAGAUGGUUUUGAGAAACCGGGCCCUGAUUAACACUAGAGAGAGACAAGACUAUAGUGGAUCCUCUGGGGAGCCUCAACAACAGCAUGAUGCUGAAGAGACAGAGAAGAGUCUCUCCACAUCAGAACACCUCAAACACCAGCAGAGACCCACAGGAAAGAAACCUCACCGCUGCUCUGACUGUGGGAAGAGAUUCACCUCUUCAACAGACCUUAAAAGACAUCAGAGAAUCCAUACAGGAGAGAAACCUUAUAGCUGUGAUUGGUGUGGGAAGAGUUUUACUACAUCUAGCCAGCUGACUAUACACCAGAGAAUACACACAGGAGAGAAACCUUACCACUGUUCUGACUGUGGAACAAGUUUUGUUUCUUCCCAAUAUUUAAAAUCACACAAGAGAACACACACAAUAGCGAAACCUUACCACUGCUCUGACUGUGGAAAAUGUUUUGUUUCAUCACAAUAUUUAAAAUCACACCAGAAAACACACACGGGAGAGAAGCCUUAUAGCUGUGAUCAAUGUGGGAAGAGAUUUAGUCACUCAAGCAACUUGAUGGUACAUUUGAGAACGCACACUGGAGAGAAACCUUAUAGCUGUGAUCAAUGUGGCAAGAGUUUUACUUCAUCUAGUCAGCUGACUAUACACAAGAGAACACACACAGGAGAGAAACCUUACCACUGCUCUGACUGUGGAAAGUGUUUUGUUUCAUCCCAAUAUUUAAAAUCACACCAGAAAACACACAAAGGAGAGAAGCCUUAUAGCUGUGAUCAAUGUGGGAGGAGUUUUACUCACUCAAGCAACAUGAUAUCACACCAGAGAACACACACAGGAGCGAAACCUUGUGGCUGUAAUCAAUGUGGGAAGAGGUUUACUCAGCCAAACAUCCUGAUAGCCCACCAGAGAACACACACAGGAGAGAAACCUUAUAGCUGUGAUCAAUGUGGGAAGAGUUACUCUGGUAAAAGAUCUCUGAUUAAACAUCAGAAAAUACAUAAAGGAGUUGUUUCAUGAUAUCAAUGAAAUAAUGUCACAAUGUAGAAUGUUUUAACAUUGUAGUAGGAGUAUUCUAAUGAUGUCAUAAUGUAGAAUGCUUUAACAUUGUAGUAGGAGUAUUAUGAUGUCAUAAUGUAGAACCCUAAACGUUUGUCCCCUGUUCUGUUGAUUUCAGCAUGAUAUGGAUAUUAGCCUCAUUGAGAAGAGUAGUAUUUAUGUGAUUAACAUUAACACAAAUAAAGCACAAAUAAAGUGUUGCGUUUCACUUCCCGCGUUGGCGACCUACUUGAAUCAAACUGCAACACUUUAAAUGUAGCGAGCUGUUUUCUACAAAUGUACCUCUAAAUAGUGAUGUACACAUUAUUCCCACAAUCCGUGUGGUGUUUGAGCUGUUACGUUUAACCGGACGUGCAACCUCAUCUCCCCCCUCUCGCGCAAUUGAUUUCAACGUGAUAUCGAUGAGUGAUGACAAAUAUGUGUUGCGUUCCUUUGUUUAGCGACCCCUACAUUUAAACGCAUCACUCCAACAUGUAGCUGACUGUCUUCUGCAGGUUGCCCUCUAACCAGUGAGGUGAAAUAUAUCUUCCAUUUCCAGGUGUUUUGUUUAGUUUCAACAGCAACCUACAACCUGAUUUCCCCCCUAAUCGAUAUCAGUGAUUUAUUGCCACUUGUCAAAACAACAUUGUUUCUAGUGCUUGUGCAGUUUAUAAGGAGCUUGUUUGUUUAUUGUUUAUGUUAAAUAGUAAUAUGAUUAUUGUGGCAGAUGUUUAUUGUUUAUGUUAAAAAGUAAUAUGAUUAUUGUGGCAGAUGUUUAUUGUUUAUGUUAAAUAGUAAUAUGAUUAUUGUGGCAGAUGUUUAUUGUUUAUGUUAAAUAGUAAUAUGAUUAUUGUGGCAGAUGUUUAUUGUUUAUGUUAAAUAGUAAUAUGAUUAUUGUGGCAGAUGUUUAUUGUUUAUGUUAAAAAGUAAUAUGAUUAUUGUGGCAGAUGUUUAUUGUUUAUGUUAAAUAGUAAUAUGAUUAUUGUGGCAGAUGUUUAUUGUUUAUGUUAAAUAGUAAUAUGAUUAUUGUGGCAGAUGUUUAUUGUUUAUGUUAAAAAGUAAUAUGAUUAUUGUGGCAGAUGUUUAUUGUUUAUGUUAAAUAGUAAUAUGAUUAUUGUGGCAGAUGUUUAUUGUUUAUGUUAAAAAGUAAUAUGAUUAUU